AGAAUUGAGUCAUUGCUAGUGCUAGUUUAUUUAAAUCACGAUAUGUAUUACGUAUUUAAAUAUUUAACAGUAUUAUAAAAUUUUAUUAUUAUUGAACAAUUCAAAUUAUUGAUUUUAGAUGUAUAUGUUAUAUUAAUAUUGUAUAUGUUUUCAUAAUCAUAUAAAUUUUAUUUAAAGUAUUAUUAACGAAAAGAAAUCUUCAUAAGAAUGUGUUUAAUGAUUGCGGCUUUAACUAAUCAAAUAUUAUUUAUUCCGCGAGAAAUUAUGUAUUUUACCAGAAGUAUGUCGCGAUUUUAUUAUUGUCGUCAAAAAUUAUAUUGCAUAAAUAAUUUUCUGUUAGAAAAACAUUCUGUAUUCUCGUUUAUCGUUAAUACAUGGGUUAUACCAAGGACAUGCUAUAGUACAGAAAACAAAAUAAAUUUUCCUGACUCUUUAACAAAGGACAAAAUAAAAAAAAUAGUUUCAAAAUUUAAUUCAGAAGAACGAGAGCUUUUUUUAAAAACUCUUGAAGAAUGUAAAUCAGAAGAAGAUAGAGCUGGAUAUCAACGUCAAUUAGCUGCUUUUCGAUGGUGCAAUAAACUUGGAAGGCCUAGUAAAAUACCAUCAUUAGGAAAUGUGGAUCCUACAGGCACAUAUUGUCCUGUACCUGAAGAUUGGCUUAUGCGCAAUAUAAAAAAUUUUCUUCCAUUGCGCACUCCAUGUGGAUAUCAAUCUACAACUACAGAAUCACACUUAGUUGAAACUGUUCCAGAACCAUCUACAAAAGAUCUAAUUUUAGUUGCGAUUUCAAAUGCAAUUCCGUUCAUUGGUUUCGGUUUUCUUGACAAUUUCAUCAUGGUAGUUGCUGGAGAUCAAAUUGAGAUAAUAUUAAGUAAAAAAUUUCCAAUUUCAACUAUGACGGCUGCCGCUUUAGGAAAUACAAUAUCUGAUAUAAUAGGAAUUGGAUCUGUACAUUACGUAGAACGUUUUGCCCAAAGUGUUGGUUUUAAAGCACCAAAACUUACACCUAUGCAAUUAAAUCUUCGUAGAACAAAAACAGCUGCUAAUAUGGGACGAGUUAUUGGAGUUACAAUUGGUUGUAUUAUUGGAAUGACACCUAUUCCAAUUUUUUCCUAUUUUCAUAACAAUGAUUGAAAUUGUAUAUGUUAAAUUGUAAUAAUAAAAAAAAAUUAUCUAUUU